AUGACAGCCCAAAUUCAAUUGCUCAACACCCCAGAGGGGAUCUCGUUCUACCACCAAAGUGAAGAGGAAGCUCAUUGGCUCUAUGACGAGAUUUUCACUGGACGAUGUUACGAUACGGUGAAGCUCUCUGAUAAGCCUUUUAUCAUCGACGCCGGCGCCAAUAUUGGGCUUUAUACUCUUUUUGCCAAGAAAAUAUAUCCAGAGGCUAAAGUCCUGGCUUUUGAGCCAGCCAGCGAGAACGUCGACAUUAUGAAGCAAAACAUAUCGCUGCACAAUCUAUCGGAUGUUGAGAUAUAUGACUGUGCCCUUGGAUCUAAGAAUGAAACCAAGACGCUAACUUUCUUUCCCAACACUCCAUCUAAUGCCACACUUUACGAUGACGAGAAGAAGCAAUGGCUAGACACUAUCGCUGAUAAAGUCAGCCCUGAGAUUGCAGAGAGAAUGGGCGAUGGUGCACGAAAGACCUCUGUCUCUGUAAAACGGCUAUCCGAAUUUUUACGGGGUCGCAAAAACCUCACUCGGAUUGAUUUGCUGAAGAUCGAUGUCGAAGGCGGAGAGUUGGAUGUCGUCGAGGGACUCGACGAUGAGCACUUGUUGUUGGUCCAGAACAUCGUCAUGGAAGUGUGGGACCCCAAUGGACAGCUCGAAAUUGCCAAGAAGGCUCUUCAGUCUAAAGGGUAUAAGGUAGAAGCCAAUCUGGUGCCUUGGAAGAUGAGCAGAGCUGAGACACUGAAGAUGUACAUGGUAACGGCGCGACGUAUGUAA